CUCUAUCUCUCUCUCUUGCGCGCUCUCUCUCUCUCUCUCUAUAUAUAAAGGUGAAGAUGGAUCACCGGAGACAUGGGAAGAGGGUCCUUCCAGCUGAUGAAUCGUGGGAGAUCAUGGAAGAACAGCAAGAUGAAGAAGAUAUACAAGUGUUCCCAGAUUACUCCCCUCGCUCUCAACAUGAUAUGUCUGCCAUCGUCUCUGCUCUUUCUCAGGUCAUCGGAACCGCCGCUGAAGGUGGUGGUGGUGGUUAUGGUGAUGACAGCAAUAGCAUCUCCUUCUCUACUUCUGGUAACUCUUAUCAACCACCACACACUCAAGAGAAAGUGAACACAAGGAGGAGAAACUAUAGAGGAGUGAGGCAAAGACCAUGGGGAAAAUGGGCUGCCGAAAUUCGCGAUCCGCAAAAGGCAGCAAGGGUGUGGCUAGGGACAUUCGAGACAGCCGAAGCAGCAGCACUAGCAUACGAUGAAGCGGCCCUUCGGUUUAAAGGAACCAAAGCAAAGCUCAACUUUCCUGAGAGAUUUGCAGGAAGGACUGAAUUAGGUUAUUGCAUUAGUACUCCACAAUUGCAAAUGCCACAAAGUUUUGUACCAACUUCUCAUCUUCGACCUCCACCUCAAACCUCGUACCCUAAUCUUCAUGAUUACACAAAGUUAAUUAACGAAAGCGGAAUGUUUACAUCGGACAUAAAUGUUCUUAAUUGUACUACCUCAUCUUCAAUGGAUAUGGGAAGUUCAUCAAAUGUUGACCCUUCACAAUAUUGGCAAGAUUUUGAUCCAGAAAAUUAAAUAAGAGAUCCAAGUUGAAUAUGAUCAUACUGAGGAUCAAUGGUGGAGGAAGAUUAGAACGUGAAAAGAUGAAAAUUUUGCAAGUUACCUCUAAUAUAUUGGUGUGUUUCUUUCUA